ACUGUCAUGAAUUAGCGUCAUAAUGUCCUAAAAUUCUAAAUUUGCUAUGUAAUUAUUAGUUUUUUCAAUACAUUUUGAAAUUCCUUUGUAUUUUUCCGAAAUUAUAAACACGGUGUGUUUUUAACACAUUACAGGCCAUGCUUGAAGAAAGCGAAACUCAGGGCUGUUACCGACCCGAUUUGUUUAAUUACGUCUCAAAGUGGCUUAAAUUAAUGAACAGCGUAAUACCAGAGGUCUAAUAUGGAAACUGACCGAUUGAUGCAGGCUGUGCUGCAGAGCUUCCUUGAUGCUGAUUUACGGGUAGAACUAGUGCCAAAGUCAGAAAAGUUUCAAGGUAGGACGGCGGACACCGGGACAGGGCCGAGCUACGAUGCCAGCACUCAGGUCGCCGCACGGAACGCCAACAACUACAAGCACCCUGAGCCAGCCCGUAUGAAAGGCCAUUCGGGUCACAUGGGCCAGCGCGACAGCACCACACAGGCCAUCGACGGACAGUAUGCCACCAUCUACAGGGUACAGCACUGCAAGAUGACCCCGACAUCGCCUCCACCGAUGACCUCAGAGUUCCCGCCGCAGCGCCCUGAUGUCGCCUACGGGUGUGACAACUUCCAAGUCGGUGGCAGGGGCAGCGGGGAGACAGGCAGCGUGCCGAUCAAGACCACUAGCUACCGAGGGGGAAUGAACUGGCCGAACAGAGGCGACGUGUACACUCCUCGCAUGUCCCGCUGCUCCGACUCCGACACGUUCGAGAGGUCGCUCCGAAAGUAUCCGUCCGUCUCUCCCGAACGCUCGGCCGAAGUGUUUGAGCGGUUGGUUACUUACGCCAUGCCGAGGGCCUCCCGUUCCCCCCGCCACUCCCCGCAGCGAGAGCCCGUCCGCCCCAAGACCUAUGAAGAGACCUACAAAUACAGACCUAGGGCUCCCGAGGAAGACCCUACUAGAGACAGGAGGAAUGAUUUCAACCAUUUGAGAGAAGCCAGCAAGCAAGCGUACGCGAAGCACAGCGACAUCAGGCAGAUUCGGGAGAUGACCCGAAGACUCCGUAAGAGUCUGAAAAGUAUAUCUUCCUAUACGCACACCCAUACGCUAUCAACGUACCUGGACGGCAUCGACCAUGAAUGCGACACACCGAUUCUGGAGACCUCGGAGACCGAACAUGAAGACUCGCAGCCUGCCCAGGAGUUUAGCUACCCAGUGAAUACCACAGUACAAGCCGCCGUCCCCACCACCUCACUAGGGGUGGAAGCCAAACUAACCUCUACCAAACGAACAAUAGCUGUCCCUCUCUCCCCUACACCCUCGUCAAGACUUACACCAGGACACAGCUCGCCUGUCGCAACCACUUCGCUAGGAGUAGACACCAAACCAUUAUCUAUAAGCAGACGUACUAUAGCUGUCCCUCUCUCCCCCACGCCCUCGUCAAGAUGUACAACUGGAACAGAUAACUUCGCUAAUCCCAUUGACAACUCAAUUCCGAAAGCUUCGCUAGGAGUUGAAACAAAUUCAUUGUCGAUAUGUAAACGUACAAUAGCGGUCCCUCUUUCCCCAACCUGUUCUAAACUAACCACACCAGUUCCCAAUCUGCCCAGCCUUCUCAUCACCAAGUCCGUCCAAACCUUUCACUUCCCAGGAAGGUCAGUGGAAACCGUCACCAGCAACACAGAACUUCCAAAAUGUGACCCUGUUCAAAUAAUUGCUAAGAAAAGCAAAAGUCUUAACGACUUUAGACUGAAUAGGGACUUUAAAAGUGAGAUCUUAGCCUGGCUUGAUGAUACGAGUGAUCCAACGAUUAAAGAAAUACAAGAUGUUGUGUUGAGGAAUUUAAAGUUUAGGUUAAACGAAGUACCUAUAACUGGAGCUCAGAAGAUUAAAGUGAAGAUAGGUGAUUGUCUAAAGUCUAAAAAAAGAGCUUCAAUAGAGCUAUCAAGUUUUAAACUUAAUAAAAAGAAACCUACGAAGACUAUUCAAAGCCACGGUGCAAUGAAAGCCAAACACUCUGAUCAGAACGAAUUCAAAGAUGCUAUAAACGAAUGGUCAAAUAAUGUAUCUAUAAAGAAACAGGACGAUCAAUCAAAACCAGUGGAAAAAGGCAAAGAAUUAAAUACCUUUGUUGACAGAUUACAUUAUUUAGCAUUUAUAAAAUCUAAACGCUGCGGCGAACAGACUAUGAGAACAGAGAUUUUGGGAAUUCUUGACGAGGUACUAAUUGGAGUCAAUGCUUGUGACAAGGCAGCUUUCCUUAACAAACUUACAGACACUUUGAUGUAUAAAUUGGACAAUAUUUUACUCGGUGAAACAAAAACUAAACCCAGCACAGGUAAUGUUAAUGACAAAUCCAAUGCAAAUUUACAUCAAAAUCAAAUUACUGAUAAAGAAACUAAGAAUUUUUUAGUCAAGGAAAUGAUAGAUGAUUUACAGACUCAAAAAGUUCUAAACUCAGAUUCGAUAAAGCAAACAAUAGUAGAUUUAGUAGAUAUUUUAAAAGAUUCGGUAAAUAAUAACAUUGGAUUUGAAGAAAUAGCAAAUACACUUCAUAAUACCACUAAGCUCGCGACAGAAGAAGGUUUUCUUCAUGCUCCUCAACAAACGGAGAAACUUAGAAAAAAGCUUACUAAAAGACAAGUGACGAAUUUCAGUACACAGCCAUUAACUGUUUUUAUGGUUCAAAAUUUGUCAAGAAAUUAUAUUUCUAAAACAUCAGGCACAAAAAUGUCUCAACACAGUAUUGGCUCGAUCAUGGACAGGGAUAUCGAGAAAAAUUUAAUUCGAUAUAAAAAAAAACUUGCUGAGCGAAUAGACCAAUGGCUUUCAGAUUUAUCAAUAUUAAAAGCAGAAGAUACAGAUUUAAGACAAGUAAUAGUUCUUGACUUAGCCAGUGAUAUAGUUGAAAGACAAAAAUAUUUAGAGUUUAAUAAAAAUAAAACCUCAGACAUAGAUGAACUAGAACAUUUAAAGUAUCUAAUAUUUAAAUGGAUGAAAAGAUACGCCGGUGAAGAGAAUAUGGAAACUGUACACCAUGCUGUAGAGUUGAUGGAAAUGAUCAGGAAUAUACCCGUACCAAUGUUAAGCAAAUCCCAAGAUCUUUUGAAAAAAUCUAUCAGUCGUUUAUGUUGUAAUAAAGCUCACCCUGAACCUGGUACUUCUACUGACACCAGUAAAGAUAGUGUCCAUAAUUCUAAAUCGGAUUCUGGUAUACAUAACCAUAGAGAGUCAUUGAGUUCAGCACCGUCAUAUAUUGUGAUAGAUGGAUGUGACAGUAUAUCUCUAUCUAAAAAAAAGAAAAAUUAUUCAAGAAAACAAAAAGCAAAAGAUCCAAAGUCACCUCCAGUUAAUCGAUCUAGUAAACCUAACCUAAGUCGCACAAAUGUUAAUGACAAUUCAGAUUUUUUAAAUACAGCAUAG